GCUGCGUCCACCACGCCCAUGUCCCGCCUCCACCGCCGCUUCUCCUCCUCCAUCUCGCCGCGCGCACGCUCCUGGUCUCCCCACUCCGCCUUUGCCGCGGCCACGGAGCGCGUGCGCGCCGGGACGCUCACUUCGGAAGACGCACACCACCUGUUCGACCAAUUGCUAGCGCGGCCAGCCCCGGUCCACGUGCGCUCUCUCAACGGCUUCCUCGCCGCCCUCGCCCGUGCGCCGGACUCCGCCACCUGCCGAGAUGGCCCCGCCCUCGCCAUCGCCCUCUUCAGCCAUGUGUGCCGACAAGAAUCCGGCCAGCGGAUGGCGGCUCUCACAGUCCACACCUACGGCAUCCUCAUGGACUGCUGCUGCCGCGCACGCCUCCCGGAACUUGGGCUUGCCUUAUUCGGUCGCCUUCUGAGGACGGGCCUCAAGACAAAUGAGAUCAUCUGCAGCACCCUCCUCAAGUGCCUCUGUUGCGCAAAACGGACCAAUGAGGCUGUCAACCUCUUGCUUCAUUGGAUGUCUGACCCUGGCGGUGUGACUAAUGCCUUCUCAUGCUCCAUUGUUCUGAAGAGCUUAUGUGACCAUAGCAGGAGCCAGGAGGCGCUCGACCUGCUCCAGACGGUGGCAAAAAAAGGAGGCGCCUGCUCCCUCGAUGUGGUGGCAUAUAGCACCAUCAUCCACGGCUUCUUUAAGGAAGGGCAAAUUGGCAAGGCAUGCGAUCUAUUCCAUGAAAUGGCGCAGCAAGGGGUUUUGCCUAAUGUGGUCACUUAUAACUCGAUUAUCGAUGCGCUGUGCAAGGCCCGAGCGAUGGACAAGGCAGAGUUGUUCCUUCGGCAGAUGAUUGGCAAUGGUGUUCCGCCCGAUAAAGUUACGUACACUAGCAUGAUCCAUGGAUAUUCCACUCUGGGAAGUUGGAAGGAGGCAACUAAAACGUUCAGACAAAUGACAAGCCAGGGCCUUAUACCAGAUGCUUUUACUUGGAAUUCGUUCAUGGCCUCCCUUUGCAAGCAUGGAAGAAGCAGAGAAGCUGCAGAAUUUUUUCAUUCCAUGACUGCCAAGGGCCACCACAAGCCAGAUAUCUUCUCAUACUCUAUUCUGCUUCACGGGUAUGCCUCUGAAGGAUGCUUUGCCGACAUGAUUAAUCUCUUCAAUUCUAUGGAAAGCAAUGGCAUUGUACCUGACUACCAUGUUCGCACCAUAUUAAUUGAUGCGUAUGCUAAAUGUGGAAUGAUGGAUGAAGCUAUGCUCAUAUUUACUGAAAUGGCAGGACAAGGAGUGAGUCCGGAUGUCUUCACCUUUUCAAGUGUAAUUGCUGCAUUUUGUAGAAUGGGCAGGCUUGCUGAUGCUAUAGAAAAAUUCAAUCAGAUGAUUUCUAUUGGAAUACAACCGAAUGCAGUUGUGUAUCGCUCCCUAAUUCAAGGUUUUUGUACACAUGGGGAUUUGGUGAAAGCCAAGGAGUUGGUUUAUGAAAUGAUGAACAAAGGUAUUCCUCGUCCUACCAUUGCGUUCUUCAGUUCAAUAAUAAACAGUUUAUGCAAAGAAGGAAGGGUUUCGGAUGCAUGGCCUAUCUUUGACUUAGUUAUACACUUCGGUGAGAGACCUGACGUCAUUAUAUUUAAUUCGCUGAUUGAUGGAUAUUGCUUAGUUGGCAAGAUGGAGAAAGCAAUGAGAGUGAUUGAUUCCAUGGUAUCAGUUGGCAUUGAGCCUAAUGAUGUUUCAUACAAUACACUUGUUAAUGGCUAUUGCAGAACUGAAAGGAUCGAUGAUGGGUUGAUUCUAUUCAGAGAAAUGUUGCAUAAGAGAGUUAAACCUACAACUGUUACAUAUAACAUCAUACUAGAUGGGCUAUUUCGUUCUGGGAGAACUGUUGCUGCAAAGAAAAUGUUCCACGAGAUGAUAGAAAGUGGAACCACGGUGAAGAUUUCCACAUAUAAUAUACUACUUGGAGGACUUUGUGGAAAUAAUUGCACCGAUGAGGCAAUCGUCCUGUUCCAAAAAUUAGGUGCAAUGCAUGUGAAGUUCGAUAUUGCAAUACUCAAUAUCAUGAUUAAUGCAAUGUACAAGGUUCAGAGAAAAGAAGAAGCUAACGAAUUGUUUGCUGCUUUAUCAGCUCGUGGCUUGGUACCUAAUGCUUCCACAUACGGAAUAAUGAUAAGAAAUCUUCUAAAAGAAGGAUUGGUGGAAGAAGCUGAAAAUAUGUUUUCCUCAAUGGAGAAGAGUGGUUGUGCUCCCAGCUCUCGUCUUAUAAAUGAUAUCAUCAGAAUGAUGUUGGAAAAAGGUGAGAUAGUCAAGGCAGGAAAUUAUAUGUCUAAAGUUGAUGGCAAAGGCAUCUCACUUGAAGCUUCAACUAUUUCUUUGCUGAUGUCUCUCUUUUCAAAGAACGGGAAAUAUCAGGACAAAAUAAAAUCGCUCCCUGUAAAGUACCAAUUUUUUGAUGGAGUCAGCUGAUGCACUGGAUUCAGCAGAUAAGUGUUGGCCUUGUCCGAAGAUGGCUCUCAACGAUGUGGGGCCAUUUGGUGCAUGAUGAGCUUGCUAAUGGUGAACGCAUUACUAAUGCCAGGAGCAUGUCAUGGCGGAUGUCAUCUCUGAGUUUGUCGACUCUCGCUACAUUAUCAAGAUAUUUGAACCUCAGCAUAU